AAAGAAAGAAGAAAGCUCAGCACGAAGUCCCUCGCUUCUGAUUUAACAGAAGAGCAAAGAAAGCAGCUAUGUGGUUUGCUGGGGAAAGUGAAACUGUCUCUUCUCUACAAAGCUUCAGUCCAUGGAUAUAAUGCUUCUGUCUUCCAUCAGCUAUGUGACCAUCAGGGUCCCACCUUACUUGUAGCCUACAACUAUUCAGAAUACAUCUUUGGUGGAUAUAAUAGUGUAGAUUAUACUCAGUGUGGCCAGCAAAUUACAGAUAAAGACGCUUUCCUGUUCAGCUUUGAAGGUAAAGAGCCAGUCUGCAUCAGUUAUAGUGGACAUUAUGCACGUUAUGAUGACGCUGGAGGGCCCAACUUUGGUCAACAGUUGUGCUUUUAUUACAACAACCAACCAGUUGUGCAUCCUCAAGGAGGGAUCAAUGCAUUCGAUUUUUAUUCUGAUACACUGUAUGGGGAAGACCCCGAUCUGAGGGAAUGUGAGGUGUACAAAGUCAAAAACAUCCUUCAGGUCAUGGAGAAACGAUGGAGGAAUGUUCUGUGGACAGCUGAUCGAAGAGCAGAGCUCAUGGGAUUGAUCAGGAAUUAUAAACCCCUGGUGACGUCUGUGAGUCGGGUCAGAAUCCUAAUGAUCGGUCCUGUGGGUGCUGGGAAAUCCAGUUUCUUCAACUCCAUCAACUCCAUCUUCAUGGGCCGUAUUACCAGCAAAGCCAUGUCAGGAUCUGCAGGCACUAGUCUCACCACACAGUUUUGCACUUUUCCAGUGAAAGACGGUCGUGAGGGAAAGCCAUUGCCGUUUGUGUUGUGUGACGCGGAGAAGAUCCACUGUGUGGUGUACGUGAUAGACACCACCAAAAUCUCCCUUAUGUCCAGCAAAGCAGAGGAAAAACUUGCUUCUGUACGCAGAAGAGUAAACUCGCCAAGUAAACUAACGUCAUACUACAACUAA